GACCAGAGAUAGAGUCUACGAAUACAUGCACGACGAAAGCAGGACAGGACGGCUCCAAUCUGCCCAGAUGGGCAUGCUGCUUUGCAUUCCUCCGCAACAGGUAGGCAGCCCGCUCGCCCGUCAAAAUGAACGUCUCGGCGGAUGACCAAACGGACCCGUUUAUCGCGCUCAUCGCGCUCUUCGGGCCCAGCGUCUUGCUCUCGACGCGUCUCAGCAGAUGCCAGCAAAGGUUGUACCUCCGACGUUGCACAUCCUCGGUGCCGUUAUAUCCGCCGUCAACAUCGCCAGGCCGGGUCGCAGCAUCCAACACUUCAAGCACCAGCACAGUGGGUUACUUGACGCGGUCGUUGGCCACGUUAAUCUGAAGCGAGACUUACUCGCCUACGAGCACACUUCUGUAUCAACGCAUGAACUUGAUUGCAGCCCCUCGGUACUUCGACCUCGGCGUCGUCCGUGACAAGAUGGACUGUCUCAGACCCCGGGAUGGCCUCGCCCUUAAUCUAUCCCUUGUGUGCAGCGUACGCGUCUUCGAAAUCUCUGACGAGGAAUGACUGCGGAAGAGUUGUGGCAUUAAUGCAGAACCUUGACAGCCGCCACCAAUUUAGAGCCUGCAAACGACAGCGGGGACGCUCGUGAAGUGCGAGUGGGCUUUGGUUGCUCCGUUUAGGGCGGUCACCCAACGCUCGAUGGAUUACUUCCCAUAUUUUCGGCGCAACCAAAGUGUCAUAACCGACGUCUAUCGACUAUGCCGAGCAGCUAUCCAGAUUCGGCGGUAUG